UAAAAACAACAAAUUUUUCUGUUGCAUUCUCUUUGCAAGCUUUGAAAUCGCAGACGUUGAUGUAAUCACUAAUGAACGUUAUUUUACUGGACUUUUGUAGCUUGGACGUGUAAUUUCUAGAACGAUGCACAUGCAUGACUAAUAAGAGCAAGCUAAAUUGCUCUAAUCGUUAGUGCGCUCAUCUUGGGAUCUUUGCGUGGUACGCUCGCUCGUUCCUGUUUGCAGUUUGAACGUUUUCAAAUUGUGACUACGUAACACGUUUGAUUAAAAGGACCAGCCUACACGUCCUGAGUCGACAUUAUUAUCUGCGACGUGCAUGGAUUAUCUUCUGAUCGCUGUCAGUAUUGGGAUUUGUGUUCUCCAAUAUUGAAAUGGCUAACGGUGAACAGCCGCAGGACGCUAACACAGUAAAGGAGGCUGGGAAUGCUGCUUUUAAAGCAGGCCAGUUCCAGGAGGCUCUGCGCCUGUACAGCUCCGCCUUUUCGCUCACCAGCAGCGAUCAGCCCAAGGAACGAUUGGCGAUAUUGAAAAAUGAAGCUGCGUGUUACCUGAAACUACAGGACUAUGACAACUGUGUCAAAGUAACUACUCAGGCCCUGGAUCUGAGUCCUAACGAUCCCAAAGCGAUGUUCAGACGUUGUCAGGCUCUGGAAGCACUGAACCGCAUCGACGAAGCAUACAAAGAUGCUUUGCUUGUGGCUCAUGCAGAACCAAAAGAUGGGAAUGUGCAGGAAACGGUGAUGAGACUGCACAGAACGCUGCAAGAACUGAGCAAAAAGCAAGCUAGCACGGAGCAGCGCGUCACUGAAAUGAUGAAAAUGUUCGGACCAGAUGUGAAGGAUGUGGAGAAGCGUCGUCAGGCAGCGAGCAAUCUGAUUGUGUUGGCGCGGGACAAGGCCGGAGCCGAAAAGCUCAUGGAACGCAAGAUUCCCGAGCAGUUUGUAAAGUUCCUGAAAGAUCCGUCGUUGGAUAAAGAAGUCCGACUGUCGCUCGUUCGUGCACUGGGAGAGCUCUUCAAGGGCGAUGUUACCAGGUGUCGUGAACUUCUGAGAAAGCGCAUUGGUUUGCCACCGCUGUUGAAUCUUUACAGCGUUGAUAAUGAUGAGGUUGUUACCGCCGUUAGUGUAGCAGUAGAGAAUGUCAUACGAACCUUAUCAGGCUGGAUUGACAAGGAAAAACCUGAUCGCAAAAUGAUCCAAGAAAACCAAGAUGAUAUCGACCACACAAUGGAAUCGCUGGUCAGUCUCUCCGACCGUGCCGUUUUGUCGGCGGUGGGUCGUGAUGCCGUUAUUGAUCUGAUUUUGAAGAAUAUCCAGGAAAAUCUGUCCCCCGGAUUAGGCUGGACGUACCAGUUCAUGGAACGCGACGGUAUACAGAAAUUUCUUAAUGUCGCCGUGUAUCAGCCAGGUGGAAGUGAUUCCGAUCUGCUGGUUACCAAUGAAACCCGCGUGCAUAUUGCCUUGGCGCUGCAGAAGAUCUACGAUGAUUUGGAUAGCGAUAAGAAGCGGAAUAUUUUUAAAGAGAAAUGCGAGCAGUUUGUCAGUUUACGACUAAACGAUGCCGAUCCCAAGGCGAAAAUCCGGGCUGUACUAGCAGUUACGGCUCUUUUGCAAGGGCCUUUUGAUGUGGGAAAUUUCCUUUUGGGAACUAAAGGAAUUCUGGAGUUACUGCUGGCCAUGGCCAGUUCUGACGAUGCUAAUCAACAGCUGGUAGCCGCGGAAGCUAUGGUUCAUGCCGCAUCCAAAAAAGAUAAAUGUGCAGCCAUUUUGGGGGAUGGAUUGCCACUGCUUAAGAAACUUGCUCAGUCACCUAACGACAAUGUUCAGGUGCGUGCUCUGGUUGGUUUAUGCAAAGUGGGAUCUUCUGGUGGUAUCGACGCAUCUAAUCGCCCCUUGUCCAAAGAAAUGAUGGAAAAGUUGGCCGACGCUUGUCGAAAGUUCUUAUUGAAUGCCAGUAAGGAUUUCGAUCUGCGCCGAUGGGCGGCAGAGGGAUUAGCCUAUCUGACGCUGGACGCCGAUGUUAAAGAAUCUUUAAUUGCCGACCGACCAGCGCUGCGAAGCCUGAUUGAUUUGGGCCGAACAGGAAAUCAGAACGUCAUCUACGGUGUAGUGUCUGUGUUUGCUAAUUUGUGCAAUGCCUACGAAAAACCAGAAGUCGUCCCGGAAAUGAAGGAGCUGGCAAAGUUUGCUAAACAACACGUCCCCGUGGAACAUCAAAAAGAUUCGCCCGAAUUUAUUGCACAGCGAAUCGCGGUGCUCGUUGAUGAGGGUAUCGGAAGCUCCUUGGUUGCUGUCAGCAAGUCAGAAUCGAAAAACAUCCGGGAAUUAAUAUCUCGGGUGUUCAACGGCAUCGUGGAGAAUAAAGAUCAUCGUGGCAUGAUGGUGCAACAGGGGGCUGCCAAAGUGCUGAUCAAGCUAGCGUUGGAUGGCACACCGGCCGGGAAGGAGCAGGCAUCGCAAGCAUUGGCCCGGAUCGGCAUCAGCAUCAAUCCAGAGAUUGCCUUUCCCGGCCAGAGGUCCGCGGAAGUGGUGCGACCGUUGUUGAAUUUAUUGGAUGUGGAUAAAGGAGCAUUGCAGAAUUUUGAGGGAUUGUUAGCGUUGACCAAUCUGGCACAGCUUAGCGAGAGUGUUCGGCAGCGUAUUGUUAAAGAUGGUGGAUUAGCCAAAGUUGAGCAUUAUCUGUAUGAGGAACAUGAAAUGUUGAAGCGGGCGGCCACGGAGUGUGUGUGCAACCUGAUGUUGUCGCCAGAUUUGCAAGACCUUUACAUCAAUGUGGAAUCGGAUCGUAUCAAACUUUUGGUUUUAUACUGCGGCGACGAAGACCCCGCUGUGGCACGAGCUGCUUCCGGCGCGUUGGCGAUGUUGAGUCAAGAUCCCAAAGCCUGCGAAAAAAUUAUCAAGCCUAAUUCGUGGCUGGAAAUCAUGAAGGAGAGUUCCAUGUCCGACGAUGUCGAACUGCGAGUGCGCAUCCUGUUUAUUUUGGGCAAUUUGAUUAAAUUGAGCGAUGAUGCAGCCAAGGCCAUUGCGAAUUCUGAGUUGCUGGAAAUACUGAUGGCCACAGUGCAGCUAAAAGGCGUCGCCAAUGAGAAAUCCAAGAGCUUAGCGCUGGCUGCUUUGCGCGCUGCUCUCAAGAAGCAGCUAAUUGCUCCCAAUCCCGAUCUGAUGAUUGCGGAAGAGGAGGAAGAAGAGGAGUGAAUGCGGCGAUGGUUUUUUGCGUUUUUAUUGUUUUAUUCUCAAUGUAGCUGCCUUAAUUGCAUGUUUGUGUGAUAAUGAUGAUUUGUACUUGUUUGUUCCUGGUGUACCUGUCUAGAUCUGCUCUAGUCCUUUUUACCACGGGUUGUACUGUCCGAGUCCCGGUUUUUGGUGUUCCUAUAUUGAGUGUUUUAUGCUAAGUAUAUUUUUAGUGUAAAUAAACUUGACAAUGAA